AUGGCGACUGAAGUGGAAGAUACCAUCAAGCGAAUUCAGGCACACAAAGGUGUCAUGGGCGUAAUAAUUGUUAACCACGAAGGCAUUCCCAUCAAAAGUUCUCUGGACAACGCAACAUCUGUGCUUUAUUCGGGUCUUAUUGGUCAGCUUACUGAAAAAGCAAAGAAUGUAGUGCGGGAAAUGGAUACCACAAAUGAGCUGACAUUCUUGAGAUUAAGAAGUAGAAGACAUGAGAUCCUCAUCGCCCCUGACCGUGAAUUCAUACUGAUUGUCAUACAAAACACAUCAGAUUAG